AUGGAUUUCUCAAGCGAUGACUCUCUUGAUGACCCCAAUUACGCACCUGACGCAUCUGGUGACUCAACUUCGGAGUACGAUAGUGCAGAUGAAGAGCCUUUAUCCAGAUGGAGAAUCCAUCACUCGACCAACAGACCAAGUUCAACUGGUUCAACCCAGAACUUUUCUGAAGAUGAAAUAGUUAGGCAGCAAGUUGCCAAUAUUGAUUGGGGUAUCCCCAAAGAUCAUAUGCCUACUGAAGUCUUCUCAGGUGUGGCAGGCAUGAAGGAUAUACAUCAAGGAAUUAUGGCAGAUGGUACACCACUUGAUUAUUUCGAGGUGUUUUUGAAUUUUGAUAUAGUUCAAACGAUAGUUGAUCAAAUUAACCAUUACGCCUGCCAACAUCUAACAGCAGGCAAUAUAGAUGUUGGUCCACAAUCAAGACUACAUAAUUGGAAACCUGUGACCAUCAAUGAAAUGUAUAAAUUUCUAGCUCUCAUUGGAUGGAUGGGGCUGGUGAAGCUACCUUGCAUUCGUGAAUACUGGAGGAAGCAUAAGCUGUAUGGACUACCACUGGCCAGAACAGUUAUGCCACGUAAGAGCUUAUCCUGA